AAAAAAAGAAUAAUAGAUUUUAAUAAUCCCAAUUAUUGCUCGUUGGCCGGCAAGGUCCCAACUUCAAAAAUUCCCACUGGCGGUCCCAUCUUUUCACAUAUUGGCUUUCAAUGGACCCUGACUAACAGAACCCUAACGCCGUUAGUAUCCAGUCGCCGGAAAAACAUUUUUGGACGGAAAACUCCAUUUUGGCCAGAAAACUCAACUUUUUCGUCCCAAACCUCUUUUUAACCUUGUUACGCACAUUUAGGAACCUUUUCUAGUAAAAAACCCCCAAUUAUUAAGGUUGUCGUACAAACUCAUUUUUCGCCGAAAAACUUGUUUUUGGCCGGAAAACUAACUUUUUAGCCAGAAAACUCAAAGUAUUCGUCCUCUGUUUGUAACCAUAGAUCGGACCUUUAGGAACCUUUUCCGACCAAAAACAUUUUUCCGGCGACCGGAGACUAACGGCGUUAGUGUUCUGUUAGUCAGUGUCCAUUGAAGGCUAAUAUGUGAAAAGAUGGGACCGCAAGUGUGAAUUUUAAAAGUUGGGACCGUUGCCGGCCAACAUGCAAUAGUUGAGAUUAUUAAAAUCGAUUAUUACUAAAAAAAUGUUGGGAAUUUAUAUAAAAAAAUGUGAACACGGAUUUAAACCCGACCCAAUUAUGUAAACAAGUUAGCCCACUAAUCCUUUUAAAUAAAAGUUGUAUUAUUCUAACCAACCAUCAAGCCCAAUUAUGUAAAUUAUAUUAAAGCCCAACCCAAAUAACUAAUUCAAUUAAAUAAAACAUUAACCCACUAAACCCAAAUACCAAUCGUCAAUUCCAACUCCCGCCCUCCCUCUGCUGCCAGCAACGUCGACAAACAACCCUCACCCCACUCCUGCAGACAAGUUCGAUGGCCAUAAUUCUCGCCAGAAUCGCAAAAAUUCCGGACACAACUGUACCGAAUCGCAAAUAUAAUAGAGACACAAUGAGUAAGGAAGUUAUGGCGCGAUUUCUUAACAAGAGGAAAGCGGUUGAAAUUGAAUCAUCUUCCGAUUUUGUUGUUGAUGUGAAUAAUCUUCCCUCGGAUCCUCAUGAUCGCAAGGCGAUUGCAUCAUACAACGUGAAUCAACGAGAUGAUGUUAUAAGGGUGUACCUACUAAGAGGACCAUGUCAACCAACGGGUAUUAAAUACCCACAAUCAACGUUUCAAUGUAAAGAGUUGAGAAAAUUCAAGAAAGAAUGGUAUGACCGAAAGGAAUACAAGGGAUGGUUAGAGUAUAGUAUAAAAUCGGAGCGUGUGUUUUGCUUAUGUUGUUACUUGUUUAGGUCCGAAUUUGGUGAUCAUAGAGACACGUUUCUUUUGAACGGGUAUAACAAUUGGAAAAAAAGUACAUGAGGUACUUACAAAAUAUGUUGGCUUAGUUAAUAGCGCCCACGACAAAUGUUUCCAAAAGUGUGCCGAUUUACUUAACGAAAAGCAAGUAGUACACACAGUGGGACAAAAGGACCCCUAAGGAGAAACGUGAUUACAAACUUAGAUUAAGUACAUUGGUUUUGUGAAAAAAAGAUACAUGAUUUGCCAACUUGGAUGGUUUGUCAAGUCUUGUAAGGUUAAUUGUUUCAACAAAUAUUCACGUAAAUUUUACAUUUGUAUA